AUGGACGAGGAGGAAUUCAUUUUGCACCCUGUUCGUUCUACGACGAUCAACCAGGAUUAUCGAUCCUAUCCCAACUUUCAUAGCGCACACGAUGAAGAAGUAGAAGAGGAGGAGAAUUUGUUAGAAGCGCCUCCAUCCUUGUUGGUGGACACUCAACAAGCACAGCAUCAACAACAGCAACGGCAGCAACAACAGCAGUAUCCAUAUUUUCAACAAGAACAUCUAUCUGUAGCAUCAUCUAUAUACCCUUCCAAUACCUCCUAUCCAUACCCUACCGAUUCCACCCCAUCACCAGCAUCACCGUCACUACCGCAGUAUCACAUUACUGCGCCUACCUCCACAGGCCGAGCCAAAAGCAGAAAGGAGACGCAGCAGGGACGGAAAACGCAUCGUCAUGGCUAUCAACAAUUACCAAAAGUGAGCACUUAUGAUCGAACCAUGUGGAGAUGGGCCAAUGUUCAAAAUAUGGACGAUUUUUUUCAGAGAGUCUAUGAAUACUAUCAAGGGAAAGGACUUUAUUGUAUAUUGCUAGCGAGACUUUUAAACCUGCUAACACUUGCCUUCAUUAUCAUUUUUUCGACCUUUUUGAUCGGCUGCGUCAACUACUCUGACAUUACAUCCCAUCACAAAUUAGAAGAGGUCAUUGAACCUCAAUGUAUAUCAAACUUGUCUGCUACAAAAUUUUUAUUCUUGUUAAUCUUCAUUGCUUGGUGGGCAUGGCAAUUGAUACGAUUCGUUAUCGAUUUACCCAUGUUGCGUGAAAUGCAUAAUUUCUAUACCCAUCUCUUACUCAUUCCCGAUCAGGAUAUGCAAACAGUAUCAUGGCAGACAGUGUUGGAAAGGAUUAUCGAUAUACGUGAAAGCAAUCCGCAUGUGAAUGACAUUCGAUUGACAGAACACGACGUAGCGAGUCGAAUCAUGCGAAAAGAGAAUUAUCUCAUUGCUUUGUUCAACAAAGAUGUACUCAACCUCACUCUGCCCAUUCCCUAUUUAAAAGAUCGGCCUACGUUUACAAAAGAUCUUGAGUGGAAUUUAUCGUUUGCUUUGUUGGGCUACGUCUUUGAUCACAAGGGCCAGAUACGAAAGCGCUUUUUAAAAGAACGCAACAAACCGUUUUUGGCAGCUGAACUCAGAAGACGCUUCAUGUUUAUGGGGUUAUUAAAUCUGCUAUUAGCUCCCUUCAUUUUUGCUUAUUUAUUACUCUAUUUCUUCUUUCGGUACUUUGAAGAAUACCAUAAGAAUCCUGGUGAAAUAGGCUCAAGAACGUAUACUCCUUUUGCUAAAUGGAAGUUUCGUGAAUUCAACGAAUUGCCGCACUUUUUCCGUAAUCGAAUCAGCCAAAGUUAUGAGCACGCCAAUCUUUAUAUAAACCAGUUUCCUAAGGAAAAGACAGUACUUGUAGCAAGAUUUGUCGCCUUUUUAUCAGGCUCCAUUGCGGGUGUUUUGGCUUUAUUUACCCUGUUCGAUUCUGAAGCCCUACUGAAUUUUGAGAUAUCACAGAACGGCACGGUCUUGUUCUAUCUCGGUGUGACAGGCACUUUGUUUGCCGUGACACGUGGUAUGAUCCCGGAUGAAAAUCAAGUUUUUGAGCCUGAAAAGUUACUAAGAAAGGUGGUGGAGCACACUCAUUAUUUGCCAGUGGAUUGGAAGCAUAAAUUGCAUACGGAUGAAGUACGGGGUGAAUUUUGCAAGAUGUUUGAUUAUAAAGUAGGCAUCUUCCUUCAAGAGCUACUGAGUGUGAUAGUUUCACCUUUAAUCUUAUGGAUCUCUUUACCAAAGAGUGCAGAUCAAAUUAUUGAUUUCUUUCGCGAAUUUACGGUGCACGUCAACGGAUUAGGCUAUGUCUGCAGUUUCGCACAGUUUGACUUUGAAAGGCAUGGCAAUACCAAAUACGGAGUGCCAGGAAUGAUAGUAGAAGAUGCGUACUACCUUAGUAAUCAAGGAAAGAUGGAAAAAAGCUUUUUGAAUUUCAAGGCCAACCAUCCGAAAUGGGUGCCAACCGAUCCAGCAGGCUCGCUCUAUCUGUCAAGGCUGGCUGAGUUUAAGAAUCAAAAGCACCAACAGCAAUACAUUAGCUCCAACACCUCAACUACUUCCAGCGAGGAGGUAGAUGCGGAUCGAGCAGGAGUGCCUACCAAAGCGUCUGGAAAACGAAGGAUGAAUGUGAACCCAUAUGUGUCUGACAAUUUACGCAAAGGCAAAGAAAACGAAAAAGAAGAAGAAGAAGAAGAAGAGGUAGUGAAAGGCAAACGACCUAUUCAGCUGAACCAGUACGGUAUUCCCGCAGAUAUUGUACCUAGCAAUCUAGGAGAACCCUUUGCGCAAGGACACUCUUGGAAAGAACAACAACAACAAGAAGAAGAAGCUCAAAAAGAAGACGAUGAAGAAGAAGAAGAGGAGGUCAGUGGCCGUAGUGGAAGACCCCAUCGAAGGGGAGAGGGCAUGCUUGGGCUAUUAAAUCAAUUCUAUGAUUUAAAUAACAAUCCAACCGUUUAA